AUGGGAUUUGUACACCGUAGAAUAGCUUCGUGUGCAAACAUUCACUUAAUGCAUGAUUGUUUUCUGUUUUCUUUGUUCGUCUGAAUGACAAUCGCAGGAAUUUUAUGAUACAUGCAGAUGAACUGUAGGAGUUGAACGGAUAGGGACAGAUCUCAGCUCAAGGCAAAGAAACCUGGUUUAUGUGCACACGGGCUUCGAACUCUUUCUAAAAUUAUGCAUGUAUCAUUCUGCACGAAAGGAACGCGGAAGUAAGGAUCAUUCGGUCUUUGGAAUUGAGCUCUAGAAACGAAGUGUAUAAUGUCCUCGGAGAAGUACGAGAUAGACCAGAAUGAUCGAGUCGGCAAGCCAGACAGAAAUGAUUCAAGUGCAAGUGGAUGCGUGGGAUCUUGCCAGCCGAUUAGUUUUAACGAAAUAAAGGAAAAUGUCCGCACCCCUGGCUGCGAACCUAUCCGUCCAGACAGAGGAAACUGGAUAUACACAGGUGUCAUUUUGGGGGUUGGAACAUUGGCUAUCAUUGCUGGCACAUUUACUGGGAGAGGAACUGCUCAAGGAAUGCAGGUGUACGCCACCCAAGUGAAAUCCACAAGUAACCAAAUUGUUUCCAUGCUAAGUGUAUCAACAGUAUUCAAGCUAGUACAGCUAUACCUACCCGGGGAUACCUUCUUCACUACCGCAAAUGUAACCCAGCCACCGUACAACAUUACCAUUGGCAAUGUGUCAUAUUUCGUCAACCUUUCAAGCACACAGUCAUUGCAAGAUUUCGAAUCGGGUUGGACAGUCAUCUUUGAUCGUAAGAAGAGCAUAUGCUACUUGCAACCAAUGAAUCGAACCCACAUGGGCACAUUUGAAGAGUUCACAAGAGCGCUAGUUCAGGGUGAUGGACAUGUUGUGAACACCGUCACCAAUGUGACCGAGAUAGGAUGGUCAGUGAGGAAGGCCUUGGACACAGAGGUUGAACAGCUCACACCAUAUGUUAGAGCAAGGUGUAAAAACGAGAACAACAGAAUUAUCAGGAUCGUCGAAACAGGCAUGCCUCCCCUGAUCUCUGGGUGCAUUGAGAGCUAUCUGCCGGAGUACGCUCUGCGCCGAAAUGAAACAGGCAAGGACCGUGUUCACCUCGUUGACAUCAAAAUGAUCCCAAAGCUAAAUCUCGCCGACUGUCCUCUGAUUUCAUGAAGAUGGGAAUCCCCCUUGUUUCCAUUACGAUAAUAAAACUUUAGGCUGGUUACUCUAAGGUUAAACGAGUAUACUAUAUUAAUCUACCCUCGUAUUAACAAUCUUUUUACUGUAACUGAACGUACACGUCGGAUGAAAUUCAUUUGAAAAUGAUUCAGUCGGAUCUCUGUUCUACACGUGCAGUUCGACGCAUACGACGUGUAUAUUACCAUCAUCACUUCAGUUUUAAGAAAAUAACUAUCCGAAAUAACCACUUAAAGUGGAAGCAAGUUUUUCGAAAAGACACUUUGAUGAAGCAAUUUUGUCUUAAGAUUACGUUGUCAUUGCUUCAUAAACGUGUUCAUAGUCACUGCCGAAAGUAUUACCAUUGUAUACAUGUCAUGUUCAUAUACUACUACAUGUAGAUUUCUGUAGACAAUAAUACUUAAAUGAAUAAAAGUUUACUCUUUUA